UUCCGAGUACUAGCUAGGAAGAUAUAUCAUAAUUAAUUUUUUCUCUCAAAAUCCUUCCAGUUCUCCAAUGUGGAAUUUAUGUUGUUGUCUUUCAGAUUCUUCUGUACACUGUUCGGCAUCCACAGUGAAGCAAAAGAUCGUGAUGAAGGUGCAAUUUAGCUCUGAGAAACGCAGAACUGAGGCCUUCAAGAUUGCUGCUGGCUUUAAAGGUGUGAGCAUCGCGUCUGUAGAAGCAGAUAAAGACGAAGUCGUCGUGAUUGGAGUCGGAAUUGAUUCGGUUUGCUUGGCCAAGUCGUUGAGAAAGAAGCUCGGCUGCGCUCAAAUAUAUAGUGUUGAAGAAGUGAAGAAGCCCGACGAAGAAAAGACACCAGAAGUUGAACCAAUUCCAAUUCAACGGACACCAAGCUGUGUUCAAUAUCCUGUGCACGGUGAUGUUGUCUACUGGCAUGGUGAUCGAAUUUAUUGAUCACUCUCAGCAACGUUCAAGUUAUAUGUAUCCUCUGUCAAAAACAAUUUUCUUCCA